UUACAAAAAGCACUCCUCAGUACAGAUACUCGUAAAAUUAUCCCAAUGAGGCCCAUUCGCUCCAGUACCGAAUAUCGCCGGAGGUCCAGCGGGAAUGUCGACUCAAUGAACCCGAUGGAUCCUAGCAGACGACGCAGUGUCAACCUGACCCACACUAACGUUCAAGAGGUCCAAGCUCGCCGAUUCUCCCUCGCCACUCACAGCGACCUUGGCGCCAUUCAAGGUCAUCCAGCCACCAGAGGGGUGCCUUUCUCGUUCCCCAGUUUCAUUCUACGCAGAUGUUCCCUUCCGUUUCGUGCGGGCCUCUCCGCUCGCCCAGGGGUUUUCAAGACCCGUACUCUCGCACUGAGCGAGGCAGACUGUAGACAGCAGGAUUUAAAUUUAUAUAGAAUCAAAAUUCUGGUCGUAGGUUUUGUGGUUAUUCUUUUCAUCGCCAUAUUGAUCUUGUUUCUACCAUCGUCAAAACAGACGCAGUAA